AUGGAAUUCACCCCGGCUCUGUUCCUGAGCGACGAAGAACUCCCAAGCGGAUCAACGGUCCCUGAUCUCUUGAUCUUGAACCAGCCGAUCUCUCCGUUUGAAGUGUUUGAGAGACUAUGGCGGCACUCGCGAUACCGCAUCUGUGCAGAUGGAGGGGCCAAUCGGCUGUUCGACAUAUUUGACGGCCCCUUGGAGCACGCCAGAGCAGACUUUCUUCCCAGUAUCAUUCAUGGCGAUCUCGACUCGUUGCGUGACGAUGUCCGUCAGUACUAUUCAUCGAAAGGAGUUGAAGUGUCGCAAGACCCAGAUCAGUACAGCACAGACUUCAGAAAAGCCAUACGCAAGAUUGAGAAGACCGACCUCUCCUCGCCGCGCCGGGAAGUGCUCAUCUUGGGGACUUUGUCGGGUCGCGUUGACCAAGGACUGGGCCUCCUCCAUGAAAUGACGCGUGAGGAGACGCGGAAUCCCAAUUUGCGAUUGUGGCUGAUCUCAGAGACCAAUGUAUCGUGGAUACUGAGGCCAGGGCGCAACACCAUCUCCACAGGCCUGUCUGCGGGGUACUUCACCUGUAAUGUGGGCAUCGUUCCCGUCUACGGACCGGCCCAGAUUACCACGUCUGGGUUGGAAUGGGAUGUGCAAGACUGGGCAACGCAGAUGGGCCACCAAGUGAGCACCAGCAACCACGCCAUGGGCGAACAAGUUGAGGUGGAGACAGAUGCGUCGGUUCUGUUUACCAUUGAAAGGCGUCGACGCCUGCCUGAAGGUUGA